AUGGAACCAAACACGGACGCUAGGGAAAUAAAUAUCAAAGAAAGGACAUUUCCAUUCAUUUUCCAGGGACUGGGCUUUUUCCUCGUGAAAGAUGGUGCUCCAGAGUCAGAGUUAGAAGAAGAACCGAAAAAUCCUCGUGACAUUAGCCAUCUCUUAAAGAGAGACUAUAAAUACGAAGCUUUUCCGUUCCCAAAUCAUUAUGCUAGUGAAGAGGCUACCAGCGAGACUGCCCCUCAGCAGAGCAAUCAAGUAUUGAACGAUACUAAUUCAGCCUCCCCGAAUGCUGACGCACCAGCAAUAGACGAAGACUGGCCCGACCUCGCCGAAGUAAUGGAACUUUCAGACGACGAAUGCUUCUUUCACUAUAACCGUCUUCUAGGUGGAGACUACCCCUGGGAGAGACUGAACGAACUCGUACUUUUGGGCAUGGAGGAGAAAGACAUGGAUAUCGAUGACUUUAAGGAAUGGCAGGAAAUAUGGAAGCUUCAUAGUCGGUUUCGAGAGACCAAGAUUAAGGACGCCAACAACAUUGAGGAUAUAAGAUACACCGUCCAUGAUAUCUUGCUCUGGACCUUGGUCCUCGACUAUUAUUAUGAUGUUCCAGAAGCUGACAGCAUCAUAGAAGCUUUUGGAAAGAAGUGGUUGACGUUGCUGAUCCAAUGGAAAGACAUCAUAAUCGACAUCAAGCUCAUCAAUGGCAAGUUGCUCCCAGUGAAUGGUGUUGCGGAAUCCGAAAGAUAUUCUGACUAG